CUCGGUCCCGGAUUGAAAACCGUACAAAGCUCUCCGAGAUACUGGAUGAUAAAAAAAAAAAAAAAAAGAGCGCAGCUAAUCUCCCAGCUAGCUUGUUAGCCUGCCGAUGCGGAGCUCCCUUCCUGCCCGACUCUGCCUGCUCGGGAUCUGGGCAAAGGGACGCGAAACGCUGGGCGCAAGUCUGAUAUGCUUUACUGACAGUUAAACUAAUUAUUAAUAGGUGACACUGCUAUUGUAACCCGAACCAAUCCCUGCUUGUUACACCGACAUGUCCAAGGGGAGAGACGGGUACAGUCGGCUCCUCAAGCAGCCCUUGUUGCGUUUACUUGUAGCUCUCUUAUAUUAGCCUGAACAGCUAACAUUGGAAAGCUGUAGUUGCUUGCAGAUGAACUCGACCCUUUUACCUUUGCCAUCCCGGGGACAGUAGUGGGUUGAAAUUACUAUGAGUGUGACAUUAUUCACCAAAGCUGCAUUUUUUUUUUUACAUUUAUUAUAAGCACAUCGACAUAUGGUACACUCUGCUGUCUGGAAAGAAAAUUGCUCCAAUAUAUUUAUCAUAAGGUUUCGUAUCCAGUGUUAUUGGCUGACUGCCAGAUUCGCCAUUUUGUUCUGUGUUUUGAUGCGUCUCUGGAAGGAGGUACUGAUUGGCAUUCAGUUUGUCCAAUUGGUCAACAAUAUGAAGCAUUAUGUUCCUCCCUUUGGUCACUGCAUGUGGAGCUGCUGAAGGCACAUAAAUCAGUUUUCCCUUAAGCUGUCAAACUGUAUUCUUUAUUAAAAUCCCAAAUCAACAAAGACACAGUCAGAACUGUCAAGUGUAAAAAGGUUAUUGGUGUCAGGUGUACAUGCUGCCACUUCAUUCUUCUAAGGAAGAUGCUCAAAAGCACUGUGGUCACUCACAAUUAAAAUAUAGAUUUUCAAAUACAAUAGUGGAGGUGAGGGUUGUACCAUUAGGUGUAUUACAUUUGCAUAGAGAGGGUAUUUGUGGAAAGAGUACUUAAUUACAGUGUUUCUCCGCUAAUUUGAUGCACCUUUGCCUACUGUGUUCAAAUGCAGUGAUCACUUGAAAUGUGUUUAUAUAACUUUUAAUGAUUUCUCCUCUUUGCUUUUUUGCACAGCUAUCACCGGGUUUGCAAAAAAGGGUUUUCUGCUCGCACUAUCAUAUUUUUCAUGUGGUGUCAACUCAUUCUGUGUGUGAAUAUAUGAGGAUACAUACAAAACUUUCUGACUCUAUAAUCAGUAUGAAGUCACAUGUAAAUUGCACAAAUAAAGACAACAGUAGGAAAAGCAGCUGAGAUCUCGGGAUGUGCAUACAAGUGGUGGUAGAUUUAUAUGGAGGGGAGGUAGUCGUCCACCCUUGUCGCAGUGUCAUAUUGGACACUGUGAGGUUCAGACCGUAGUGUAAUCUGGUUAUCAACGGUCUCUCAAAUCUCAUGUCCAGGUCACGCUCAGAGGUCAUGGAUUUGGCUUGUGGUGACAUCACUGCAGUCAUGCCAAGGCUGGAUUUGUCAGACAAAACAUUUACCUCAGGUGUCUGAACAGGAUGCAUACUACAACCUCACUAAUGACCUUACAUCAUCAUGACGACCAACCUCAAUCUGCUCUCUCAGCAGAAAGUGGACUCUGAGCACGAGGCAGAGACUCAGUGAUGAGUGAGUCUCCACAGCGCUUUCAGGUCAUCUCCGCUGAGCCUGCCACAACACCACAGCGAAUACAGAUUGUAACAGACCAGCAGACAGGUCAGAAGAUCCAGAUAGUGACAGCGAUGAAGCCUUCCAGUGCUCCUAAACAGCAGUUCAUUCUGACUACAGCAGACAGCUCAGGGGCAGGCAAGGUUAUCCUAGCCUCACCAGACAGCCACAACACUAAGCAGCUCAUCUUCACUUCUGCAGACAGCCUGAUGCCAGGAAGGAUACAGAUUGUCACAGAUCCAGUGUCAAUGGAACGGUUGUUAGGGCAGUCAGGGGACUUGAGCCGACCGCAGCCGGUGGAGUACUGUGUGGUGUGUGGGGACAAAGCUUCAGGGCGUCACUACGGAGCGGUCAGUUGUGAGGGAUGUAAAGGCUUUUUCAAGCGCAGCGUGAGGAAGAACCUGACCUACAGCUGCCGCAGUAAACAGGACUGCGUGAUCAACAAACACCACCGCAAUCGCUGCCAGUUCUGUCGGUUGAGGAAAUGCCUUAAAAUGGGGAUGAAGACUGAGUCUGUCCAGAGCGAGAGAAAGCCCAUUGAUGUAGUGCCCAGAGAGAAGCAUGCAAACUGUGCUGCCUCCACCCAAAAGAUCUACAUUCGCAAAGACCUAAACAGUCCACUCAUCGCCACGCCAACCUUUAUCUCCGAUACAGAGACAGAUGGCUCCAGAUCCAGCCUGCUGGACCAGGGGAUGCUGGUUAAUAUCCAACAGCCGGUCAUCCAGAGUGAUGGAACUUUGCUGCUGGCCACUGACUCAAAGAUGGACUCUGGGCAAGGGGACUUGGGGACACUAGCCAACGUGGUGACAUCACUGGCCAACCUGAGUGACUCACUAAAAGAGAAUCUAAACAAUGGUGAUACCUCGGACAGCCAACAUGAAGAGCAAUCUGCCAGUGAGAUAACACGUGCCUUUGACACCCUGGCCAAGGUUUUCAACCCACCUGAAGUAGGGGUCAGACAGAGACUGGCAGAUAAGUUGCAGUGUGUUGGUGGAACAACCAUCCAGCUGAUUGGUCGAGACCAGGAGACCCCCAUCAUUGAGGUGGAAGGACCACUGCUCACAGACAGCCAUGUUGGCUUUAAGCUGACCAUGCCCAGCCCGAUGCCUGAGUAUCUAAAUGUACACUACAUCUGUGAGUCAGCAUCCAGACUUCUCUUUCUCUCCAUGCACUGGGCACGCUCCAUCCCUGCCUUCUCAGCUCUUGGUCAGGAGGCAAACACCAGUUUGGUGCGAGCCUGCUGGAAUGAGCUGUUUACUCUGGGUCUUGCUCAGUGCGCUCAUGUAAUGAACCUGUCAACCAUCCUCACCGCCAUCAUCAACCACCUUCAAAGCAGCAUCCAGGACGACAAGUUAUCGGGGGAGAGGGUGAAGCAGGUGAUGGAGCAUAUUUGGAAGUUCCAGGAGUUCUGUAACAGCAUGACGAGGUUGGAGACUGACAGCUACGAAUAUGCCUACCUGAAGGCUAUAGUGUUGUUCAGCCCCGAUCACCCGGGUGUGGACGGCAGCGGGCAGAUUGAGAAGUUCCAGGAGAAAGCAUUAAUGGAGCUGCAGGACUACGUGCAGAAAACCUACCCAGAGGACACUUACAGGUUGACCCGUAUCCUGACUCGUCUCCCAGCCCUGCGCCUCAUGAACUCCAGCAUCACAGAGGAGCUCUUCUUCACUGGCUUGAUAGGUAACGUCUCUAUUGACAGCAUCAUUCCCUACAUCCUCAAGAUGGAGACGGCUGAGUAUAACAGCCAGGACUCUGACCCUACAGAAUGACACCCCAUCACUCCAGCACCCAGAACUGUCGAAUUAAAGAUUAAUGAGUCUCCACUUCAGGUACUCUCUGUCUCUUGAGGUUUACUGUUGAACCCCAGUCCAAACUCCUGCAGCAACUCCCUGUUUUCUAAUGAUGCAUGGUGCAGUGUCAUUCAGGAAUCCUUGGUAGAUCGAGAUAAUCUAUCAUUGGAAAGCCAGGAUGAACAUUUGAAUGUUUUCUGGCUCUGAUGCAGUGUGGUAAUCUUGAGUUUCUGGCCUAAACUCAGUCACUCUGAAUUGAAGGAAAAAGGAAUCCUCUGCAGCUGCAACAGUGCUCAUCUCCUUUAAUGUCUUUAUAGCACUUUGAGCUGAUGACAUGUGAACUUUACCUUCUGAGCUAAGCCUUUUAUAUAGUUUUAGUCUUACAUAAGCCUUACCAUGCUCUCAUGUUGAUCACAUAGCACUAGCAAUUGUUGCAGAUAUCAGAUGAGCUAUAUUAACAAGCCCAGUCCGUAAUCUAAAACUUACAAACAGAAAUCUUACACGUGGAAGUGGAAUUUCACCUAUUUAUUAAAAAGUCUAAUCUUAAGACUCUAAUACAUCUGAGUACUUACCUAAAAAAGUGUACUUUGAAGCUGUAAAGCAAUGGUUCAUGUUGGCAUUUGGGAACAUUGGCACUGUGUAAUCUGGUAUUUUUAUUGACCUUUUAGAUCUGUUAAUUGAGAAUUCAGGCUUUUACAAAGUGUGACUUUUCUGAAUGUCAUGUAACACAGAUUUAAAACGUUUAUAAUCAUUUUUUCCCUUUUUAACCUUUAAACUGACACAAUUGCCUAGAAGGUGCGAGACAUUAGCGUACAGUUCUUUACAUCAAAUAACUUCAAAUAAUUGUUGGAAUGGGAACUUCAGUCAGGUACAAGAACUAACUUAAACCUCAAUUAAUUAAUCCUUAAUCUAUAUUGAUAUGGACUGCCUAUCAUAGCAUUACCACACAGUGCAUUCUCUGAUCAUUAUAACAUAACCAACUUCUCUUGUUCACUUUUAACUCACAUUCACAAGGUCUUGUAAGCCAAAUUAGCCAUUUAAAUUGACAAUAUGUCCUUUUUUUGUACUGAAAGACAUCUCAGAGAUUUUUAGGCUUGGGGGUGUUCUUAUGUUUAGGUACACUUAUUUCUGGGUUAUCAUGAAUGUGUUGCUAAUAUAACCUGUGCAAUCACCUCAUCACUUUUCCCUUUAUGACAAUCAAUUAUAUGUUAUUUCUUUCUGUCCCAUCAGUGUCAUUAUUGUUCUCAAUCUGCAUUUUGUAUGUGUAUUUAUCAAUGGCAUUUUGUUUUCUUUUAAGGAGUUAGAUUAAGAUUUUGGGUUCAUAAAUGUUACUUAUGUGUAGCUAUGCUACUGUUUUUGUACUUGUGUUUGCAUUUGUACUCUGCUAAGUGCACAUCAAUCAGCUUUUGUGGCGUUCCACUGUGUUAAUGCUGACUAAAACUUUGUGUUUUAUAUGUUUUCUAAAAACUUUAAUUUGUUGUGAACAAAUUUGCUUGUUGCAUACUAAGUGUACUUAAAGUACUUUUGGGCAGGUUUCCCUGAUUUAAAAAAAAUAAACUAGACUUUCUGGGAAGCCAGUCUCAAGUGCAUUGAUGUCUUGAAGACCAUAAUGAGAUGUGUAUCGGCUUACCCACUUAUAUAACGGUUCAGAAUAAGCAUCCACAGCAACAUGAAUGGUAAUGGGGAUUUAAAGAAGUAAACAGGAUUAUGUCUUGUGAAUAAAUGUCAAUUGUAAUAUUUGGGUUUAAAACCCAUACAGACUGUUUGUAAAGGCACUGUCGUAAAAUGACCUUUGUACAUGUAAUUUCAUAAAAAUGAGUGCAUGUUGUUUUUAAGCUGGGUUUUAUAAUCUUGUCGCUGUCUGUUCUAAUAAGGAGCAUUGUUAUAAUUUUUAUAGUGCAUUGCAGUGCAUGAUGAAGUUGCUUAAGUGCAUUUUAUUAAAUGCUGUAUGAAAAAUGUUAAUUUAAAUGUCGUGGCUUUAAAAUAUUUACCAUGAGCAGCUCUCACAUUAGAGGAUAUUAAAUAAGAACUUUUUUUUUUUUUUUUUAACUCAGCUUUGUGGAUUGAGUAUCCUAUGGUUCAAAUUUUAUACCAUGUAAAUGUAAUUUGUUUUUCUGCUCAUGUAAAAUGUAUUUCUUCAAACAUUGAGAUCGAGGAAUUCAAACAACAUUCAUGUUUUGCUCAAGUUUGUCACAACCCUACAUUUCUACCUCACACCGAUGACAAUAUAAAACAAAUGUGUUAACGACUGAGCUCCUGUAUCAGCAUUCCAGUCUCUGAGGCUGGCUUCUCUGAAGCUGCACAUUAUAAAAGAAAUAAACAAUGAAUUAUGAAAUAUGA